GCCCUCUGGGACUCACCUUAAAAAUGAAUCCAAUUGUUUCGCAGCCUGGAUACGGCACGGGGGGUGUGAUGAACAGUGACUGGCAAACCGGCGUAUUUGACUGCUGCGAUGACCUGGGGAUUUGCCUCUGCGGCACUUUCUUCCCCCUGUGCCUCUCGUGUCAGAUCGCCUCCGACAUGGACGAGUGCUGCCUGUGCGGGGCCAGCGUGGCUAUGAGGACCUUGUACAGGACGCGCUACGGCAUCCCGGGAUCUAUUUGUGGUGAUUUCCUAUGCCUGGGAUGUUUUCCUCUGUGCACCCUUUGUCAGCUCAAGCGAGAUAUUGGAAAAAGAAAAGCAAUGAAUGCUUUCUAAAAGGUGCUUGGUCACAUUCCCAAUGUGGUGAAAGAAAUGCUAGAAUCACAUACUGCACCUGUUGAGUGCUAUCUCACCACACAUUUUAGAAACUAAUUCAACCAAUCAUAUGGUUUCCAAUGGCUUCAAGACACUUUUAAUUUCUAGUUUAUUUCAAAAGAAAUAAAUUUCCAGUGCUGUUCUCUAAAAUGACUGC